AUGAGAAACUCGCUAGUAUGCUGUUGCUUUUUGGUGAUGGCCAUUUGGGAGGUACUUCCCAGACCCGCAGCUAAGGAGGAUCAACCCGUGGAAAUUGUGUCAGUUCUCAACGACAAGGAAGGGAAUGGAACUAUUUACGCACAUGUCUUAUCAGAUGGAACGAUGGUUCUUCAAAGAACUUACUCAAAAAUUGUGGACGGAACGGAGAUCAUCGUUCAGGAAGGCUCUUACUCCUUCGUGGGAACGGACAAUUUAAUCCACAAAGUGUACUACAUUUCCGAUGAAAAUGGAUAUCAAGCCAGAAGCACAGUAACAAAUGUGUCUACUUCCAUUGAAGACUCUAUGCUGCCGACAAAAGUUCUGAUAUCACUGGUUGCAGUAUUUUUAACUGCAAGCAGUUGCUUCUUUCAUCCACCACCAGUGUUUACUGAAAAAAUUACGGAUAUUCCAGAAUUCGCCGCUAAUGUUACAGAUAAUCGAAUAUCACUCCGAAUACUCGAACACGCUAUCACACCUUACGACGUAAACCCAGAACAAUUAAAGAUUAUCGGACGGUAUGUUUUCCUUGCCCCCGAAGAGGAUAUGAUCUAUCUGGUAGGAUUUGAGGAAACGAUCAACAAAUCCGACGCAGCCAAACGGAUAAUAAGGGAGUUGGUGAAGAAAAACUCGAUUACCAGCAUCUACAAAUCUCAACGAGCAAAGGCUGUACGAGUGGAAAAAGUGGUAUAUUUGUAA